UAGCUAGCAAGCAUUCAUUUUACACUUGUGCUCUCACCAUGGCUUUCAAGCUUUGCACCGUUUCUCUACUCUCUAUGUUUCUCAUACUCACUCUAUCCAGUUCCUCCACAUCAGCAUCCAAAGAAACUACAUGCAACCACACUCCUUUCCCCACAUUCUGCAAAUCCAUCAUGCCUGAAUCUGCCAACAUACAUGAUCAUGGCAGAUUCUCCAUUCAAUGUUCGAUUUCGAUGACAACUAAUUUUCUUGCAUUAGUCGAUCGUUAUCUUGAGUCCCCAAACACAGUACUGUCUGAUAACACAGUUCUUGCUCUUCAAAAUUGCCAACUUCUAGCUAAAUUAAACUUGGAUUUCUUUUCCAAAACUCUUGAGAGUAUCCGUUCUUCGGAUUCUAUCAAGAGUUACAAGGCAUAUGAUAUGCAUACUUUGCUCAGUGCAACCCUAACAAACCAGCAGACUUGCUUUGCAGAGCUUGAUGCCCUCACAUCACCGUCGAUUCCUAAAGAUGAAUUUUUGGCUCCAUUGUCCAAUGGGAGCAUGCUAUAUAGUGUGUCACUCGCUAUUUUCAAACAUGGUUGGGUUAAUGCAACAAGAAGAGGAAGAGGAAGGAAAAAUCCCGACGUUUCAGUUCCUGAAGAUGAUGGAAAAUUGAGGCUUUAUCCAGGGGGACCUGCUGUGAAUGUGACUCAGAAGGUUGUAGUUGAUCCUAGUGGAAAUGGGAAUUUUACGACGAUUAAUGAGGCUGUUGCAGCAGCUCCAAACAACACUGAUGGUAGCAAUGGGUAUUUCUUGAUUAGUAUUGCGGCUGGUGUGUACCAAGAGUACGUUAACAUACCCGUAAACAAGAAGUACUUGAUGAUGAUCGGAGCAGGGAUUAAUCAGACUGUAAUUACUGGCAAUCGUAGUAUCUCGGAUGGGUUGUCCACAUUCAACACAGGAACAUUCAUUGUGGUCGGAGAAGGAUUCGUUGGAGUGAACAUGACAAUCAGGAAUACAGCAGGAGCAAAAAACUUUCAAGCUGUCGCUCUCAGAAGUGGUGCCGACUUAUCAUCAUUUUAUCGUUGUAGUUUUGAAGGCUACCAAGACACCUUAUAUGCACAUUCUCUAAGACAAUUCUACAGGGAAUGUGAUAUCUAUGGUACUAUUGAUUUCAUACUUGGAAAUGCUGCAGUUGUUCUUCAGAACUGCAAUAUUUAUCCUCGUCUCCCAAUUCAAGGUCAAUUCGAUCCUAUAACAGCUCAAGGGAGAACCGAUAUUAACCAAAACACUGGAACUUCAAUACAAAAUUGCACUAUUACACCAGCAGAAGAUUUGGCUGCCACAAAAACUUUCCUUGGUAGGCCGUGGAAGGAGUAUUCACGAGUCGUUGUUAUGGAGUCUUUCUUGGAUAGUUUGAUUGAUCCGGCUGGAUGGAGCAUUUGGGAUGGGGAUUUUGCAUUAAGCACAUUGUAUUAUGGUGAAUACAACAACAGAGGGCCUGGCUCUGAUACAAGUAACAGAGUUACAUGGCCUGGUUACCAUGUGAUUAACGCGACAGACGCUGGAAAUUUUACAGUGUCGAACUUCUUAGGAGGAGAUAGCUGGCUGCCUAAAACUGGAGUUCCAUACAAUGGUGGAUUACUGUAGAAUAAAUUCAGUUUCAUCAAAUUUACGCUGGUUAUUCUUUGUUUUGGUUGGGUUUGUUCAUUUGUAUUUUGAAAUUAUUAUUUGUCGAUACAUAUGCAUAUUAUUUUCAUAAUAAUUUGUAAUUCAUGAAUUGGUUCACAUUUAUUUGAUUGUUGGUGGAAUGGUGGUUGAUGUGUUCUUCAAUACGAGAUUGCUUGAUCACUCUGAAGAAUUUCAAUUUUAAAGUUACAAUCUCUUAAGAGAAAAAGGUGCUACUAACAAUGCUGAAAGUUAGUAGUAACUUUUGUUCUUCUGGUUUAAUUCUC